AUGACUGUGUGUGGCUGUGUGUUCGUGUGUGUGUCUGUGUGAGUGUGUGUGUUGCCUACGGAAAGGGGGGCUCCGUCUCUCCGCACAGACCGAGAGCCGCAAAUCCACCUCGGAGCAUCGGUGAGCGGGGACAGGAGGAUGCGGGACAGCGGUGUGUAGCGGAUCUACCGGGGCUGUGAAACCAGGACGGUAUGAGUGUGAUAUCUGGAGUGAAGGUUUUUAUUGUCGGCGGUGUUGGAUUUUUUUAUUCACCGAGUGAAUCUGGACGUGGAUCCGCAAUGGAGUGUCGAUUCAGCGCGUGAGAGCUGCUGACCGUCUGUGUAUUUGUGAGCUGAUAUUACAGACAAUAAGGACAGGGAAUUAGCCAUUACAAAUCUUAUUAUUGGUGUUGGUAAUUAAAGGAGUAUGUGUUAUUGGGCACUGUAGCUGUUUUCUUUAUGAUAUGAUCCAGAAGCCAUACUGAAUUUGUUAUUAAUUAUAAAAAUCGAUGGUUACACAAUUCACAGUCAGACAGGAGGUUGAUUAAAGGCAUUAUACAGGUUGUCAGCCUUUUUUAAUUUAAAUUAUUUAAAUCAUUUUUGGUGCUGACAAGAAGAAACAAAAGCCAGUCAUGUCAAAAAACAAGAGCAGUGAGUCAGUGAAGGUGGUAGUUCGAUGCCGUCCCUUGAACCAGAAGGAUGAGUCCAACGGGCCUGCAGGGGGCAUCAUACAGAUGGACCUGCAGCUCGGACAGGUGAUCCUCAGAAACCCUCGAGCACCUGCCAGCGAGCCCCAGAAAACAUUCACAUUCGAUGCUGUUUAUGAUGCAAACUCCAAACAGAGAGAUCUGUACGAUGAGAGUGUGCGGCCACUGAUAGAUUCGGUUCUGGCAGGGUUUAAUGGCACCAUAUUUGCCUAUGGACAAACCGGAACUGGAAAGACGUACACCAUGCAGGGAGCGUGGUUGGACCCAGAGAGACGGGGUGUGAUACCCAACGCUUUCGACCACAUCUUCACACACAUCUCCCGAUCGCAGUCUGAUAAGCAGUAUCUGGUGCGGGCGUCCUACCUCGAGAUCUAUCUGGAGGACAUUCGGGAUCUUCUUGAUCCCAAUCACGGCAGCGCCAAGGCCCUGGAGCUCAGGGAGAGUCCAGAGUCUGGGGUGUAUGUGCGUGACCUCACGUCAUGUGUCUGCAAGAGCAUCAAGGAAAUCGAGGAGGUGAUGAACGUUGGCAACCAGGCGAGGGCGGUCGGGGCGACAGACAUGAACGAACACUCGUCCCGGUCGCACGCCCUGUUCCUGAUCACAGUGGAGUGUAGCCAGCCUGGUCCAGAUGGGCGGAAACAUAUCCGUGUCGGCCGCCUCAACCUGGUGGAUCUGGCCGGCAGCGAGCGCCAAGCCAAGACAGGUGUCCAGGGUGAGCGCCUGAAAGAAGCUGCCAAGAUCAACCUUUCCUUGUCAGCACUUGGAAACGUGAUCUCAGCACUGGCCGAUGGGCGCAGCAGCCAUGUGCCAUACCGGGACUCCAAGCUGACCCGUCUGUUGCAGGACUCUUUGGGCGGUAAUGCAAAGACUGUCAUGGUCGCCACUUUAGGCCCAGCCUCCCAACACUAUGACGAGACCCUCACCACACUCCGCUAUGCCAAUCGGGCCAAGAACAUCCAGAACCAGCCACGAGUCAACGAGGAUCCCAAGGAUGCUCUGCUGCGCGAGUUCCAGAUGGAGAUUGCUCGCCUCAGGGCCCAGCUCCACCACAGGAAGUGGAGGAGCAAACAGAAGAAGGAGCAGGUGGACAGCGAGGGCUGGGAGAGAGACGGGGACGAGGAGACGGAGGGUGAGGAGGAUGAGGGGGCGGAGAAGGAGGCGGAGGACUAUGUGAAGCUGGAGGAGCAGCGGUUGGAGAGGGAGAAACAAGACAUCAGAGAAGAUCAAUUCCUGUUGGCGGAGGAGAAGCAGAGGCUCCUGGGGGAGAAGGAGAGGAUGAUGGGAGAUCUGAGGAAAGAGCAGGAAGCCACCGAGCAACUGACCGCCAAGUACAAGGCGAUGGAGAGCAAGCUUCUGGUUGGUGGAAAGAACAUCAUCGAUCACACCAACGAGCAGCAGAAGAUGCUGGAGAUGAAGAGGCAAGAGAUCGCUGAGCAGACGCGCAGGGAGAGGGAGAUACAGCAGCAGAUGUUGGUCCGAGACGAAGAGACCGUGGAGCUGAGAGAGACAUUCAGUUCUCUGCAGCAGGAGGUGGAGGCCAAGACCAAGAAGCUCAAAAAGUACCUCAAGCUGUAUGCCAAGCUUCAGUGCAUCAAAGCGGAGAUCCAGGACGUGAACGACGAGCACGUGAGGAGCCGACAGGAGCUGGAACAAACUCAGAACGAGCUCACCAGAGAGCUCAAGUUCAAGUAUCUGAUCAUAGAGAACUUCAUCCCUCCAGAGGAGAAGAAUAAGAUCAUGAACAGACUGACCUUUGACCCCGAGGAGGAUCAGUGGAAGUUUCAGCCUCUUGUUCCAGCUGAAAGUAAAUCCUCACAGAUGAAGAAAAGGCCGGCAUCUGCAGUCGGAUACAAACGACCAAUCAGCCAGUACGCCAGGGUUGCCAUAGCGAUGGGACCUCACUCCAGAUACAGGGCUGAGAACAUCAUGUUCCUGGAGCUCGACAUGACCCCUCCAAACACCGCCUCACUGGAUCGAUCAGCGGAGUCGGAGCCGAACCAAAGUCACUCUGUGGACAACUCGCCCACCAAGGACAGAAGUGUCCGCAAGUCUCGAUCCUGGUGCCAGACCCCAAAAUCCAUCACCUCCUCUUCUUCUAAUGUUUCCCUGGCAGCGUGUCACACUGCCACACCCAUGACGGCGCAGUAAAGCUUAGUCAAGAGGAGUUUUUUAAUUGUUAUUUAUUUUAUUCCUCUGCUUCCUCUUUGUUUUUUUUUCUCUUCGCGUUUUGGCCAGUGAUCCUCUGAAAGACUUCCGCAGCUGGGACACAAACACACACCUCCACCUGUGCUAAAUCCAGACAGGUGACAGACUACAUUAAAGAGAAACGAGGAGGUGAUGUUCAGGACAGGAAACUAAAUGACCUGAUGAACCUCAGAAACUCUGUAAAACACCACUUCCUCCUGUUCUGCGGAUGUAAAGACCCACCAGGACCCUUUCUUCCUUUGCAUGUUUGAACCUCUAAUCAUCCUUUUAAGGCUGUGUGUGUGUGUGUGUGUGUGUGUGUGUGUGUGUGUGUGUGUGUGCACAGGGCUGUAUGAUUGCCUGUUUGUGUGUCUAAUACAGAUCUGAAAGCUCACAAACUGCUUGAAUCCCCUGUAAGAUAUCAGUGUAAAUAUUUCAGGUAUUGGUGGGGGGCGGGGCUUCAGGGGCAGGUUUGGUCUGUAUUCUGUGUAAAAGUGGAGACCAUCGGAUAAGAAAUGAACGAAGUCAGUAGAAAGUAUUGAUGUAACAUAUGAUGUGGUGUGUUGUUGGUCAGAUGAGGUGCUCUGAAACCUAAAUGAUGACCUUUAUUACACCUGUUGUGUCAUUAUUCCUCCACCGUGUCUGAUUUAAAAAGCAAAACUUUAAUUAUCUCAUUAAAAUGAAAAAACAAUGAGACGUAUCACACUUCAAAAAAUUAUUUUACCGGAAUUUUAUAUUGGUAAACAUACAUGGGCAUUAAAAUCAGGAAUCGUGACACCACAGCUCUAUCAGAUCAGUGUCCAGUUGUUAAAUAAUGGUAAAAACAUUACUUAAAUGAGUGGGAAAACAUGAGCUUGACCAAAAAUAAAUCUUUUUCUGGAGCUGGGUGGAAAUUAGAUUAUGUCCAUCCAAUGCAGGACACCAUAAUGUUGUUAAAACCUCAGAGAUAAUGUAAUAAGUGUAAUAUGUAAUAUGUUUUUUUGGCCAAAUCAGGACUAAUUCUGUACCCUACAUUUCCACGUAACUCACCAGUGCAACUCGACCAUGGCAUGACUGACUACAAAACACUUAUAUAUUUUUUUCUCUUGUAUGUGUGACCACUACCCAGAAUUUAAGAAGCAAUGGACUAAGUGGAAAAAAUUAGUCUCACUGUGUUUGAUGGUGUGCUGGCCCUCAGGACAUCUUGUCAUGCAUUUUCCAUUCAAAGAGGAAGUUCUCUUUGUGCCCUCAGAUUGAGAUGGAGGACCAAACAAACCCUGUUCUCUCCUCUGAUUGGGAACCAGCUAAACAACUGUUGAAUCAGCGAACAAAAACACCUUGUCUUAAUGAUGAUGACACUUAUUUAAGUGUUUUACUUAAAAACUUAGUCACACACUCAAAGAUACCUGAAGUUUAAUUAAAGGCAUACUUCACCCACAA